CAGAACCCGGCCGGGGCUUGGCAGCGGCGGCGCCGCGUGCCACUGUCGCUUGGGUGUCGUGGGGUGGGGAACGAGGGUCGCUGGGGUUACCGGAUUUAAAGGCCCCCGGGCCUGGGGAGCCUUGAGAACCUCUGGCCAGGGUGGACCGACUACAUCCCGCUGGGCCGCAGGAUGCCGGGCACGCGCUUCAUCGCCUUCAAGGUGCCCCUGAAGGAGAGUUUUGAUCAGAACCUCCUGCCAGAGGAGAGAUUUUCCCCCCAUGACCUCAUCACGAAGGUGAAGGAGCGGAAGGAGGAGCUGGGGCUGAUCAUCGACCUGACGUACACCACGCGCUACUACGGGCGCGAGGAACUGCCCCCCACACUGCGCUACUCAAAGAUCCUGACCAUGGGACACGAGAUCCCAAACAGAAGAACCAUCUUGAGGUUCAAAUACCUUGUGAAAAAGUUUCUGGCAGACAACAAAGACAACGAUGGGCUCGUUCUGGGGAGAUCUGAGCGAUUUUUGAGGAAAUGCAGCUGCACAUCCGCUGUGUGUGUUACAGAUAAACUCAUCGGGGUGCACUGCACACAUGGCUUGAACAGGACUGGCUACUUGGUCUGCAGGUACCUGAUUGAUGUUGAAGGCAUGGAGCCAAAUGCUGCCAUAGAGUUGUUCAACGAGUCUCGAGGGCAUCCCAUAGAGAGAGCCAACUACAUCCAGGAUCUGCAGAAGAGAGCCCUGAAGAGCAGCUGUGACCUGAAGAAUUUGGGCUCAGAUCUCCUCAGGAGAAAAGGCAGUGCCCCAGCCAAGCCCCAAAAGCAGCUGGUGAAGCACCACCCGAGCCAGCCCCCCCUGGCAGUGCCCAGGAACCCCGGCAGCGCCAAGAAGAAGCAGCGGCCUGACCCCACAGCCCAGGGACAGCCCCAGGAGCUGGGACACAGGCACGGAGCCCUGGGGCAGAGGCAGCUGGAGCAGAGGCAGCAGAAUCACCUGGAGCAGAGGCAGCAGAAUCACCUGGAGCAGAGGCAACAGAAUCACUUGGAGCAGAGGCAGCAGAAUCACCUGGAGCAGAGGCAACAGAAGAAGCUGGAGCAGAAGCAGCAGAAAAAGCUGAAACAUCUGGAGCAGAGGCAGAAUCACCUGGAGCAGAGGCAGCAGGAGAGGCAGAAUCACUUGGAGCAGAGGCAGCAGAAUCAGCUGGAGCAGAGGCAGAAAAAUCAUCUGGAACAGAGGCAGCAGAAAAAGCUGAAACAUCUAGAGCAGAGGCAGCAGAAUCACCUGGAGCAGAGGCAGCUGGAGAGGCAGAAUCACUUGGAUCAGAGGCAGAAUCACUUGGAGCAGAGGCAGAAUCACCUGGAGCAGAGGCAGCUGGAGAGGCAGAAUCUCCUGGAGCAGAGGCAGAAUCACCUGGAGCAGAGGCAGAAAAAUCAUCUGGAACAGAGGCAGCAGAAAAAGCUGAAACAUCUGGAGCAGAGGCAGCAGAAUCACCUGGAGCAGAGGCAGCUGGAGAGGCAGAAUCACUUGGAGCAGAGGCAGCAGAAUCACCUGGAGCAGAGGCAGCUGGAGAGGCAGAAUCACCUGGAGCAGAGGCAGAAUCACCUGGAGCAGAGGCAGCCCUGCAGUUUUCCCCCCAGGAACUGUUGGCUUUCUCCAGCCCCCAAGAAGAAGCACAAGGAACUGUUCCCACCCCAGAGCCCCCAGCCCUGGCUGCCCCAGGAGCCCUCACGUGCCAGGAAACGCCGGCACCGGCACAGGAAACGUGAACUGAAGGAGGAAAUGUCCUGACAGCGUUGGGAAUGUGUUCCACGAGGAAAAACCCUCCCGGGCUGGAGGAAGCAGCUGUGGCUCAACCAGGAGCUGCCAGGCCGGGUGUGGGGCAGCUGAUCAGGGCUGACUUUUAUUCUGUUUUCUCUUGCUCCCCCCAGCGCCGAUGCUUUUACAAGGAAUUUUUUAUCUGAUGCUGUGCAGGGUCUGAUCCAUGAGGGAUGCAGGGAAUAAAAAUAAACACAGACUCAACCAGAGCUGGAAUAAUCGUAAAGAAACAUCCUCAGGCACUCCUAGAGCUUUCAACAAAACGGGCUUUUGUUUAUUUCCUCAAUAUAUGACGAGGAACAGGAUUGGGCCUGAAAACACCAGAUUUUUUUCCUCUCCUUUUUACCUACUUUUGUUAAAGUAAAUUUCCACAGUGUGCAAACUCCA